AUGGAGUUAUGGUAUAAUUUCCUCUGUGGGGCUGUGCUCUUGUACAGUGCAACUAAAUUCUUCAAACUGCUGAUUAACUUACUGUUUGGUAUACAGUUUGACUACAUCAACCCAUUGAAUCUUUGUGUUCAUAACAUCACAUAUGGACAUCCUCAAGAGAGUGAUGUUUAUAUCAAGGUCAGCCGGAUAAGACUGAAUUUCUCUUUUUUCUUGAAGCUUAAAAGCUUCAUUGGAGUUAACGUCUCAGGAGUUAAUAUAAGGUUGAAUAAGCUGCCAAUUGAUAAGGGUAACGAAACCCAAGGUGCAUCAGAUGAGGAUGAGUCUUAUGGGAAAUAUACUGACCAAAUUAAUAAGCAUGUCUUUGAUCCUGAAAAACCUGUUUCCAUCAUCAGUGACAACCCUAGAUUGAAUCGAUUGCGAAGCUUCCUAAUCAAGUGUGUACCUCAUCUUUCAUUCUCAAUCACUGAAGCAAGUGUGGAUUUUUCUGAUGAUCUCUCAAUUAUUUUCGAAAAAAUAGUGGGGCACUUGGAUAUCAACCAAUCGAAGCAAAGAGUCUCAUUUUUAGAUGAAACAUCGUCAGUUAGUCACAGUCUUGUAUUCUCAGUACAAAUCGAUAAAGGAAACCUUUUCAAGCCAUCUAAACGACAAAUACUAUCCAAUUUUUUUGAUCAGUGUAUUAUUGCAUCACAAAUAAAUGUCGACUUGGAAUCCGGUUUCAUCAGUUCGUUGAUGCCUUCAGUAAGAAUGAUUGGGGUGGACGUUUCAGUUCUUUAUGUAUUAAAACUAGUCAAGUUUCUCAACCCAUCAUUUGAAGUAACGGAAGGGUCGUCAAGGACGACUGGGUCACCAUCAUUCAACCAAACUAGGAUGAAAUUAUAUGUUUAUAGUUUCUUUUACAAACUAAUUAAAACUGGAAGUUUCACCAUUCAGUCAUUCACUGUUACUGAAAUUCCGGUUUCCACCCAUUCAAAAUUGAAUAAUUUUUUAGAAAGGCAAGAUAGUAAAUCUUUGGAAGGAAUGAUAUUUGUUUCAGCGUCGAUGAAUUCAUUCACCUUUGAUGUUAGUGCAGUGGAACCAAGUCAGGUGGGUUAUAGUUUAAAAUUUGUUGACGAUUCGUUCCCACUUAGAUGGAUGGCGUCAAUUUCUGAUUUCAAGUUGUCCUUAGAUUAUUCCAAAUUCGAACUAUACGAUGGUACACAGAAGCAAUUUGACAUCUUAUCGAUAUCAAACUUAUUGUUGACAGUGGAAUCAACGAUGAUGGUCAAUUUAAUGAGGGUGGUAUUCAACAACGAAAUUCAGAAAAACUUUACACAAAAGCAAACUGUCUCAGAGAUUCAAUUUAAUAUGGCCAAUUUUUCUAUUGAUUUGAGUGUUGACCAACUUGUUGUUCUCUUGUGUGUAUUAUCGGAUAGAGCUGAGGAAACACGAAGUUUUACGGAGCCAUCCGAAUAUCAUAAGAGCAAUACUAAUGAACAAGCACACACUUCUGGUAACAUUUACAAAGAAACAUUUUUGGAAACUUCUCCCAAGUUUUAUUUUAAAUUUCUUUUUGACAAACCUACAAUUAUUCUUCGAUCUGAAAAUGAAAUCAAUAAAAAUGUAGACAAUCAUUUGCUUUUUCUACAACCAUCAAUGUUACUUGCACAUUUAGAUGUUGUCACCAUAGAUAAAACUAUGAAGAUCAGUUCAAGAUUAGACAUUCCUCAAACGGCAUUAGUUUAUCAAAGAAAUAACUCAAGCAUAUCAGCAGCUACUAUUGCAGAAAUGAAAGAUGUGUUUUUUAGGGUAAACUUUUUACUUCCUAAAUUCAGUAGUUUGAAGAUUUUCAUCUGCCUGAAUCACGUUUUGGUUGACCUGACGAGCAUCCAAGCCUUAAAUGGACUUGGAAUUAUGUCUAAUGCUUUGAGAGUUUCCAUGCACAAAUAUAGAAGUCCGAAGAAGCAUAUACAGCAUCCAGCUAGGUACAAAAAGCACAAUGCCAAUAAAGCAUUCACCAAUUUGCCAGAUUGGUUUUCUAAUUUCACGGUCAGUAUCGGGGUUUUCAAAUUAGUUUUAGGUUCGAAGUCUUUGUUUAUUGAGCCAAAAGAUCUAUUGGAUGAAAAUGAUAGAGGAAAUAUUAAGAAAGAUAGUAAGAUUAUUACUCCUUCUAAAACCACAUACAAAAUCGGCCAAACGGAGUUUAAAAUCUUUAAUAACAACAAUGACUUUAUUGGAGAUGACAGUGCAUCUUUAAGUUCCUCUAACUCUCAACGCCAGUAUGAGGAUGAUGAUUAUUAUUGGACUGCAAGAGGAGCUGUAGGUGAAAUUGGGGUAUCUACCAGUAUCCGAAACCCUCUAUUAGAUAUCUCCCUGAAAAGAAAAGUACUUUCUAUUCCUCAUACUGAUAUGUCCUUAAUUUGUUCAAGGAAGAAAGUAUUCUUACUUAAGACAUCAGUGGAAUCUAUUAUGUUGGAUCAUGAUAUUGCCUCACACUUUACAAUAUUCUCGUCUUUUUAUUUAUUGAGACAUACUUUUAAGUUUCACUUGUCUGAAACUAUGGUUAAUGAAAAACAUGAAUAUCAAUUACUACAAACAAGAAAAAAAGAAGUAAAACCUAAAAUAGGACUUUUGGAUCUUUUUAACAUCCAGUUUUAUGUUAGAGAAGCCCAACUCAAAAUGAUGAUGCCUGGGGAUUUACAUAUGCGACUAGAUUUGUUUGGUCUCAAAUGUACAUUUGAUGGAAAUACUGUUACUUCUGAAAAUAAAUUGAUUCAGUUAUCAGUGAAAAAAAAGUCAGACUUUCCAUUCUUCAAUCGUGUUAGUGUCAUAGACAAUAUGAAACUUAACUGUGUGCUACCAAAUGAAAAAGGAAAGUUGGCGAAGAUAAACAUUUUCAACAAUAAUUUUAAAAUAUUAAUUCCUUCAGACUUUGUUGUUCAUUCCAUGUUUGAUUCAAUAAUAUUGACUGUAAAGUUAACGAAGAAAUUCUUAUUUUCUAUAAAACAUGGUGUGAUACACGAAAGGGAUAAAAUUAAAUCUAGUGGUAUAGAAACUCUACCGAUUAUGAAGAUCAAGUCAAAAAAUUUAGCAUUUAAUGUAGAAGAUGAUCCGUUCGAAGUGGAGUUGGGUAUGAUCUAUCAGCUUGGAAUUAUUGAACAAAAGCAAAGGCUCAAAAAGAUCAGCAUAUUUGAUAAGGUUCUAGAAAAUAUCAGAACUAACGCUUCUAAAUUGUGCAAUGAUGAGAAUUGUCUACGUAAUUUCGGUAUUCAUUUAGACAAAAUUCAUUUGUUGACAUCGACAUCCUUUUCAAAUGUCAAGAAUAGUGUAUUAGAGUCUCUAUUAAUUGAUAUAUACCAAGACCUUCACAAGCUUUGGGUCAAUUUUUCUAGUUCUUGGGUUCGAAUUAUAAAUGAGUUCAAGGUCAAAAGACGCCAUACGAUGGAGGAAAAUGCUGAUUUUCUAACAAGCAAUAUUCUACAGCGGCUAAAUGUUUCAGAUAGUUUUGCAGAUAAUGUUGUUGACUCAACUGAUUUACCUCCUUUGAUGGGAAUCUUUUUGAAUGAUACGAUUAUAACGAUCAAACAUCCACAAUUUGAAAACGAUUCAAACGAUGUCCAUAAUUUCUUGCACCGUGUGGGUAAAGGUGUUCCUAAAAGCACGGAUUGGGAUAAGAUCAUACCGAUGAGACUAUCUCUGCAAGCUUCGGAAGUUCGUGUUCAUCUUAGGGAUUUUCCUUUGCCCAUGGUUUAUAUUCCAAACAUGUUAGACAAUAGUAGAUGGAACGAAAGCUUUAUCUUGAAAGGAACCCUUGUUAUAGCGGAACAGAUGCCUAAAUCAGAUAAAGAAUAUUGGUAUGACUAUAUGCCCAUGCUCCCUGGGCUACAUAGUGGCGACGACAUGAAUCAUAGUUACUCUUGGGAAGCGCCGAAAACAAUAUGUACUGUCAAAGCAUACUACGAAAUUAACUGUGCUAUAAAUUCUGAUGAUUCGACAACAGUCACAUGGUCAACUGCCUAUCAAGCAGUUUUAAGACAUCUCAGUGAUAUCUUUGAUACUUUUAGUAAAGAUUCUAAGGACCCUAGUCCUAAGCUAGGUAUUUGGGAUAAGCUAAGAAAUAUCAUGCAUGGGUACAUGAUAUUCCGGUGGACCGAUGAUGCUUCCGAAGUAGUUUUUAACAUCCUCAACUCUUACGAUCCUUAUGAUAUAUUGGGCCUCAGUGCUGGCUUUUCAUUGAUUUUCAAAAACAAAGUUAAAUGGGCUGUUAAUGAUCCAGGGAGAGAAAAGGAAAGAGAUUACUUCAUAUUUAAAUCAAGGAAUGUUAUGUUUGGUGUUCCUAAUCACUUGACCACACCCUUGCCUUGUUGGUGUUCAAACAAGAAGACUUUUAUGGUAGGUGUUGACGAAAGUUUGUUGCUAACUUCAUUUUAUGGAUAUUACAUGAAUACGGAGAUAUACUAUGAUGAUUCAAAUGAAAACUUGAAAGCACUAUAUGAGAGGACGAAAACCCAAAAAUUUGAGACACUAAACAUUGUCUUAGAUGGUGAUGUGGAACUUAAAUUGUCUAUGGUAUUUGAAAGAAAACUCCCUGAUGGGAGUCGUACUACUGAGUUUAGACCACAUUAUGAAAAUGUUCUGACUAGUCCAAAAUGGGCUCAAGGUCAAGACUUUGAUUCCUAUAGCGGUUUCAGGUCGGACUUUGUACAUAUGGCUCUAAAUUUAGUCACUAAAAACUCCAAAUAUAAUGUGUUACGAGUUUCACCUAAAACCAUAUUUCAGUUUAUGACAUGGUUCAAACGAUUCAGCGAUGAUGUUGCACUACCAAUUCGGAAUGGUUCUCUAUGGAAAAGUGCAACUCAAUCGGUUAAAUUGGGAAGUCAUUUGAUGACUUUCAAAUUUAUGUUUGAUGUCGAGCCAUUGUAUAUAUAUCACGGUUACAGGUUUGAUUUGGCUAGACCAGGCGAACAUACCGCAUUAGGUUUGAAGGGGAAAAUUGGAAGCUUCAAAUGCGAUUUGCAUCAGCGGAAAGAAAAAAUGAUUAAACAUGUUGACUUCUUAGGGGAAAACUUUAACGUAAUGAAAAUGAGUUUUUACGUUGGUAAAGUUGAGCUAAAAAAUAUAGAUUUGAGAGUCAUUGGAAUAAAUUUUACUGAACGUAAAGAUGUAACACCAAAACACCACUUUCAAAUAUUUGACAAUGACAAGGAUUGGAUUGAUCUCAAUGACUUUGAGGAGGUUGAUUUGCCCACGGUUAAAGAUAGUGACAUUGAAGGGCAAGUACUUCCGUUAUUAUUUGCGUCUCAUUUUUCCUAUAAGAUGAACAAAAAACUGGCUAAAAACUUAUUUGGUGACGAAAAUACUCAUGACUGUAUCAUCAAUCAAGAAGAUGGUCCUGAAGUAUCCUACAAUCAUAUUUGUGAUGUAGAAAAAUUAAAACUGAAGUGGUAUAAAAACGUUAGAAAUAUCAUAUUUAGUUACUUUACAGAGAUGGAUUUUAGGGCUGCUUAUGUAAAUAGCUCAUCAUUUAAGGAUAGAAGCACAAUAUUAGGAAAAUUGAAGCAGACUAAAACCCAACAACAAGAACCCCAAUCAACUAGAAGUACCGAUUCUAAAAUAAACUAUAAUAUUGAAAGCAAGAAGGAGUUUAAUGAGAUGAUGAGGAACAUCAAAGAAUUUUCUAGUAAAAUUAUUCCUGUUGAUGAUUUGCUGGUGAGAUUAAACGAUGUCCAAGUACAAUUGAUGAUUGAUUCUGCGCAUGAACAUCUAAUGUUGUUUAGAACUAAACGCAACGAAAUCGAAAUUGUUUCGUUAAUGGAUGAAGAUUGGUUUAGAUCUGUCCAAUCUAAAUUCAUUGCAAAAAGAAUAGGUACAGUAUUUGAAGACGCCGAUGUGUUAAUUCUAUCAAAAAAUGACUAUCCCUUUACAAAAACCACUAAAGACAACUAUGGAACAAAUGGCUCUUGGCCUGUGUUUUUGGACGGUAGUGAACCAAACGAGUUUGUAGAAAGUAAGACGCUUCUUUCGAACGUUCUCAUAUAUUUUAUGUUUGAAAAUCCGUCUAGCACAUACGCAAGUGGCAAAUCAAGGAAGAAGUUGUAUUUGAAUAUUCCUGUAUUUGAGACAAGAAUUGACUCAGAGUCUUACCUCAAAUCUGUGAAGAUAGCUAGGAGCGUUUUGGUCUACACGUCACCAAGGCAGAAGAAGUUUGCUAGCUUAGUCCAAGCCUACUCCUUAUUGAAUGACUCUCAGGAUAAAUUAAAACUCUAUACAGCGCUAGAUCGUGUUUGUGGUGAAAUCCAAUCAAUAGUGGCUUUGCAUAAAGCACUGUCACCAGCGAGAACGGUGGCCAAUAAGGAAAUAGAGGUUGAGUCACUGUUAAGGGCCCGACUAUCCAAAUUGUUGACGGAUUCUUUGUUGCUAUCUAGAGCUAUUUUGGAAGAUUUGAUUCCUAGAAGUGAAGAGGAAGAUGACCAGUGUUUUAUGGAAUGGUGUAUUACAGCUGCAAAAAUAAAUGUUAAUUUUACUAUUGACGAUCAAUCGUUUUUGAGUUUUAUGUUGAAGGAUGGUUCAUUUAACAGGUUAGAGAUGCUUGAUCAAACCACUAUAAACGAAGUUUCAAUAAGGUCUAUUCAAAUCCUAAAUCACGACUACAAUAUUUUGUAUCCUGAGUUAUUGUCUGCAUUUGAUCCAAGUUCGUCUGUUAAAGCCAAUAUCCCCAAAACUAAGGCAAUGCUAAAGAUCAAGUGGGAAAUUGGAGAUAAAAUACAGGGAAUGCCAAAUAUUAGAAAUGUCCAAGUUAGCGGGCUUCCGAUGAAAUUAGCAAUGGAGGAUAAAACUGGUAUCAAGUUGAUGGAAUUUUUGUUUCCCGAUGAAAACCUAUACAAAACCGAGAGUAACGCUUCUGAAGGAGAGGAGGGGAAUGAUGUUUUCAGCUACGACAGUUCUGAUGAAGACAUUCUUGAAUUUGAAGGCGAGAAUGAUACUUCACCUGACUCAGAAUUAAUUGAGUAUAAAGGAGUGAAUGACAGUCUCGCAAGUCAUAAAGGAAUACCAGUGACAAACUCCGAUCCUGUUAAUAAUGUCGGGGCUGACAUCAAUGAGGGCAAAAAUUUAGAACAUCGGACCUCAAAGUUAUCUAUUGUUUCGAGAAGUAAAAGUGCUAUUAGUUCUAACUAUUCCUGUAAUUUGAAUAGAAAAAUUGUCAAUGAAAAAAGCUCCAGAAGUUUCUCAAAUAUCGAACAAGAAAAAUAUCUUGGUGCAAUUAAGAACAGUAUGGAUAUAGAAUAUACCAAUGGGGACAUUUUAAAAAUGGAAAAAGAAACCAAGUAUUUCAGUAUCCAGAACUUGACGAUGGAAGACUUUGUGCUAAACAUUUCUUUAUACGGUAAAGGUAUGUUGAGGCUUAUAAAUGUAACUAAUUUGACAUUGGUUGUCCCUAAAUUUGUCAUCCAGAAAGAAGUAUGGACGAGUAUCGAUUUAAUUGACGCUAUUAAGAAACACGUUAUAAAAACGUUACUGAAGCAAUCAGGUCAUUUGCUCAAAAACAAGUUAUUUGUUUACAGAAGAAGAAAAAGAGUUAACAAGCAGAAAUACGUUAAGGUCAAAACAAGAAAUUAG